AUGGCACCAAAGCGAGGUUCUUCAAGGGACCCUGAGAGCCCCCCCUCAGUUGAACAAUCGGGCCUGAUCCCGCUCCUGCUGGAGAUCCAAGAAUGCCGCAUUCCUCAGCAGAAAAUGAUUUGGAUCGUCGAGAAUCUCGAAUGCCUCGGUCGUAGGCAAUCGAAGAAACGAAAACUUGGCUCUUUGAAGCAGAAAAGGUCUGCCGACGCCGACGAAGAACCCUUUUGGUUCCGACAAGAGAUCAACGCCUUCAACGACAGCAAUUUCGUUGCGUUGUCCUAUACCUGGGAAGCAUCAGAAACCGAAGUUCAAAAUCCAAAAGAAGAGGGUCAUCUUAUCGAAACGAGAGACAGAAAGAAUGCGUACCACUCCAGUGUGCGUAACUCUGUACUGGAGCGUAUCACGAGAUACAUGCAACGACAUCAGGUCCCGUUGUUGUGGAUUGAUCGGCACAGCAUUCCUCAAAAGGUGUGUCAGCAGCCGACGUGUAAGCAUGAAGCAUGCAACAAGAAGCAACACGCAUUGGACGCCAUGGACCGAGUUUACUCACUCAGCAACCAUCCUGUUGCUCUGCUUGGACGCCCGAUUGAGAAGGAGAGUGAAAUGGCGACUCUGGCUGCGGUACUCAAAGGCCAACUCGUGGAAUGCGUGGACGGAGACUUUCGGCUACGAGAGACAACGACAUAUGAAAAAGCCCAGGAGGCUUUACAACUACUAUACGAAAUCACCACAGACAAGUGGUGGUCGAGAGCGUGGACGUUCCAGGAGAACUACCGUGCCGGGUUAAAGAUGACACUCCUCAUUCACCACAGCCCGGGCUUGGAGAAGCCAAAACGAAUAUUCCGCCUUUCGGGAAAGGCGCUGUUCAAUCUUAUUCCUGGGGAAUUGAGUGUUCAGUCGGUCAGGUUUUCUGAGAAUGCGACCAAGUUCUGUCUCGCUUUUCGAAAACUCGCCAAGACCAGAAAAGAGGACGAAGAGAAGGUCCAACACAUAUUGAGAACCGCAGGAAAGUAUACACUUCUACUGGAAAAAUCUACGUCAAUGUCUGGCAUCAUUGUUUCAGAUGUCCUCGCCAGAGGAGUCACAGAGCCCUGGGAUCUUCUGGCCAUCAUCGCAAACUGUUGUCAAUAUGCAACGCGUCUCAAAAGCACCAUGCUACAGGAAAAGAGCAAAACAGGCGUUACUCUAACCCUCUCAAUAUUGGCGCUACGACUAUUAAACGGAGAGAUUUUGAGGAAUGAGUUGGCUAUUCCCGCGAGUGUUAUCGAUCGCAUUCACGAUCUCUUCUUUGAUGGCUUCCGGGCACCUCAAGGUGAAAGAAAUCUUACUUUUAACAAGGGCUGCCGCUUUGUCGAUGUGAAACUCGCUGCGGACGGCAUUAAAACGACUGGCCACUUGUGGAAAUUAGACGAGCGGCUCAAAGCGCCGAGGUCGUCGCCGCGGUUAUCGCAAGAGAGCCAGAAAGGACAGCAUCAACUCCCGGAUUGCCACAGGACACGCCUACUACAACUCAUGGAGCUUUUGAGGGCAAAUAAACGCAAGAGAUGCACCACUCUAAUCAAUGAUUUGAAGGCGUUCCUCGACGAAGACGCCAUGAUUGAAGAUGAAGGCUCGUUCGGCCUUAGAUAUCGCAGAAUGAUGGCCAAAGAACUGGUGAGAGCCAUGGAUGCGGAUGAAGGGCUAUCACUUGGCUGUCUCUGUGACAGUAGUGGGAGUACCACUGUCCAUCGUGGAAUUUUUAUAACCGGGCCAAAAGCAAGCAGUUUAGAUGACCAGUCCGUCGCACACGUCUUUACCUCGCUUUGGUCUGAAACAAACGAGAGCGACGAGUACUAUGGCAAUGACCUCGAUCAUCAUGUUUCCCUUGGAGUCGAAAUGGGAGACCUAGAGCUCAACGGGCCGUGUCGUCUCUAUACAAAGAAAUGGGUUCUUGGUCUAUGUUUCUUCGAAGGCGUUACUGCGUACGAUGUCGUCUUUCCGUGGCCAUCGGGAUUGCGGGAACAGAGAGUCAAAAGUGAUCUAGAAGGGGCGAAGGAAAGUGUAUUAUAA